AUGAUCGAAAAAGAGGUUGCACUACAGCAUGUACGGGAAGCGAUUUUUGGAGAGAAAGAAAAAUAUUCGGCAGAAGAGAAUAAAAUUGUUGAAAGGAUAUGGAAAAAAAUUGAAAAUUCUGCAAGAACCAAUGAAAUAUCCAAGUUUGAGCCUAUAUCAAUAAAAUGCACUAUACCUGCUCCCGAUGAUGCCUUCAACAAUCAAAAUCAAAUAAAGGAUUAUGAGUUUGAAACGCAAUUAUUUCACGUUGAAAAGUUCGGGCCAACAGUGAGUAAUGUCUUUUCGAAUUUAAUAUAACUUUUUUGGUAUUUUCAGCAACUAUUCUUUGAUACGUUGAAUGGUCGAAGUCCUCCCAAUAUUUCAGAUGCCCAUAAGUCUACAGAAGACUGGAUGAACAAUACAAAUAAAAACAAUUCAUUGCCAGCAAGAAUAAAAUUGCAUAGACAAGAAGGAUUGCCAAUAAGUACAAAACGAAUUUUGGAACAAAAAAUAAUCGGAGAAAAACCAAAACCUAAGUUCAGGAACAAAAAAAUUUUGUUAUUGCGCGGAGAAAACUAUCCGGUUGUUUUCAUGACUCAAGACAACAUGUGAGUCAUUCAUUUCACAUUUUUCUGAAUAAAAAACAUAAUUUUCAGACCAGAUGUAGAGCCACAACAUGAUACUCCCCAAUGUGUUUAUAUGGAAUAUAAGAAUUAUCUGGAAAAGUAUCUCGGAGAGGGUGCAGAAAAAUUCAUGAGUGAAACUACUUUUUCAUCAUAUAAACGAUUCUGUAACUUUAUUGAGUAAUAUUUUCAGUUUUUAAGAGGGGGGGGUAAGACGACAAACUUUUAUUUGCUCAAAAAAUCGGGUCCCCUUAGAAUAUGUAGUAAAAGCCCCAGGGGGAAAGACUUAAAUAAAAAGGUCCGAAAAAUUAUUCCAUGAACAAAAAAAUGUCUGCGCCCAGAUUGAAUCCAGAUUGACUUGUUUUCUGGUAAACUAGAUUAGUCGUUUUUUCAGAGAACAUGCUGCAUUUUUUCCGAAUGAGGAGUCCUUCAAAAGUUUCUUCAACUAUGUGACAAUUGCUUGUAAUAAACUAAACCUAGGAGUGAAACAUGAAGAUUUCACAUCAAUUUGCGAAGUUUUACGUGCUGAUAUACGUGACGAUCUAUUAUCGGGUUGUAUGUGUAAGUAUAUUUAUCAUACUCAAUGUCAGAAUGCAUAACUUAAUAAUACUGUUACUUUUAUACUAUUUCUAAUGACUUGAAGUGUAUAGUUGAACUUGUCGAGAUUUUGCAGAAACACUUUAUUAAUAGAAAAAUCUUGAUUUUCAGCUGGAAAACUUGUCACCUCUAAAAACUCAGAAUCAAUAACAUUUGAUGAUGUCAAAAUAAAAGUGACUGAUGAAUACACAAACAAAAUCAAGGAGCAAUUGAUGAAAAUAAGGAUAAUUACUAAGAGCCGAAAAAAGAACGGAAAAAUGAACUUUGAAAAUCACUACAAAACAUUAUAUCAUUAUCGUAAACACGGUUAUAAUAUCAGAUCAAGUGGGCCUGAAAAAUCACGAAUCGAGUAUUAUCUCAAAAAUUAUGUGGAUGAUGUAAUCAGCAAAGGAAUGCUAUUGAGUGUCGAGGUGAAUAUGUAUACAGAUUCAACUUUUGUCGAAAAAAAAUAUGGCUACGUGAAAGACAGCAACCGAAAAAACAAUUUAUUUGUGGCAACAAAAACAUAUGCUGACAGUAAAACAUUCAUAGCUACUGCACACGAAAAAGAAAAAUACCAAGUGAUGAAUCAUUUCAACAACUAUCCAAUUUUGUUCGAUAAAAAAUCAGAUGUCGCCAAACAACUGAAUAUAAAAUCCGCUAAAAGUCACCCAGAUGAUGUUUAUUACGGAACUCUCACAUCACCACUAAAUUUGAAAUGA